UUAGCAACUUUUUCUUCUUCUUGACUGAGAUGGAGCUAAAAGGAUUGGGGUUCGUCCCCCUUCUGUUGGCGUUUUGGUGUGCGGCCUGGCUUGCCACCAGCUACAUCGUGACGGUCGUCCUCGGCCAUGCCGCCUCUCCACUGAUGCACAUCAGUGACGUGGGAAAUUUCUUUCCCGAAAACAUAUUAUUGAGAAUUGGAUUCAUAGGGACGUCCAUUGGCACUUUGGUACUAACCUUUCUUAUUUAUAAGUAUAUGGUUAUGCAUACUGAAGAGUUCAGGGGUCAUCAGGUCCUGAUCCAGAGGAUUCUGCUCGCCAUUGUGUGGGCCUCCUGUUUUGCCACAGCUGUCAUGCAUGUAUUGUCCCCCGAAGAAUAUCCCAGGAUACACUUUGUCAGCAUGGUAAUUUCCAUUACAUGUGAAGCCUUAUACUACCUUGGGCAGUCCAUCCAGAUGUAUAAAUUACCGGGAGCAAACAAAGUCAUCCACCAUAGUAGAUGCACCUGCUGUGGCCUGGCUUUUGCCUGCGCAAUUUUCUACUUUGGAUAUAAAACAUUACAGGAAUUAUUCUAUGAUGAUGAAGACUGGGACGAGAUCCGUGAAAUCACCACCAUAAUCAUCGAGUGGGUGAUGCUUCUACUGAUCCUGAUAAACAUCGUGACCUAUUAUUCCACCAUGCAGAGGUUAAUGUUAACCGUCUCCAGAAACAGCUGCAAAUCUCUCUUAGAGUAAGAAUUGAUGACUUUGGGGUGUAGACCACCACGUGGGCCAUCAAGUGGACUUCUGGGAGAGAUACUGCACAGGACACGGAAAAACAUCUAAAGAAGAAUAACUGGGGGACUACAUAUGGUGCCAGUAAUCAUGGCACAAUAAUAUGAGCUGGUGAUAUUACCUAUAUAAAAAAAAUAAAAAACA